UAAAGACACACAGAUCCUUUGGUGUGUGACAAGGCCUGGCCCCUGUCAUCACAAACCCCUUGUUGUGCCUGUGAAAUCCUCUCUCUGCCCCCACAGAGUGAGAGAGCGAGAGAGAGAGAAAGAGAGAGAAAGAGAGAGGUGGUCAGACAGAGCCAUGUGAGGAGUGUCAUAUGGAACAGCUUUAGUCCCCAACCCCUGUAUCAUCCUAUCAAAGGAAUGCUGGCUGCAUCUGGAGAGCAAAGCUGCCUCAUGUGUGCCAGCACGGGUGGGGUGGAGGGGACACGGGGACUCUGCCAGCCUCCUACACACAUACACACACACACAUACACACAUACACACAUUGUUCAACUAAAGAUUUUCCAUUAUCGCAACUUAUAAACUCUAUUCCGUUACACCUUUGAUCUUUGGCCUCAGUAUCUAGAAGACAGAAGCAGUGGAGCACUUGGACAGGGAAAUACCAAAUAAACACUCUCACACAUACUCACACACACACACACACACACAACUUACCUCAUUCUCACCCAGAUCUGACGACUGUACUUGACUCUCUGUCUCUCCGCUUGACCUCUGGAAAGUGUCCUUUCAAUUGCACCAUCGUCCUCUUGCACUCAUCCUAUCUCUGACACUGACAUUCUUUCACAUUAGCAGCGUUGACUGGCCAGAUAGGCCUUCCUCACUAGCCUAGCCCCUAUCUCAGAAUGUGUGUGUGUGUGUGUGUGUGAGCGCUUAUUAGAGACACUACCUCAGUAAAUGGGCGAGAGGAGUUCACGUGAACUGGACGCAUUUUAGAGCAGGACAAUCUAAGAGCAUGUCUUCUUUUGAUGAUAGCGAGGCAGUAGACAGCAUGUACGACACAGAGCUGAACGCUGCAGCGGGUGAGAGUGCAGAGGAGGAGACGGAGGACAGUGUCAUGUCUCCGAUCGCCAUGGGCCCUGCCUCGCCCCAGCCCAACAAUGAAGACUUCACCCCAAAAGAAGGCUCACCCUAUGAGGUGCCUGUCUACAUUCCCGAUGACAUUCCCAUCCCCGCCCACCUGGAGCUGCGCGAGUCCUCCGUGCCAGGUGCUGGCCUUGGCAUCUGGGCCAAAACCAGAAUCGGGAUGGGCGAACGCUUCGGACCGUUCCACGGGCUGCACAGCGCCACCGUCAAAGAGACCACUUAUGGAUGGGAGCAAAUGCUGAAUGAUCACGAAGUGUCGUCACAGGAUAGCUGCAUCAAAAAGGUAGUGGACGACAUGGGCAAUGUGAAGUUCUGCCUGGACGAAGCGCUGGAGGCUAGCGGGAGCUGGCUAAAAUACGUACGGGCAGCGCCAUCCUACGAGGAGCACAACCUGGCUGUUUGUCAGAUUAGUGAAGAUCAGAUUUAUUAUAAAGCCAUUAGGGAUAUUGGAGUUGGGGAGGAGCUGCUGGUUUCUAUGAAGGACGGAGUUUUUCCCGAGGGCUCGAUGGCACCUAACCUGGAAGAUGAGCAAAUGUACCGCUGUGAAGACUGUGAUGAGCUCUUCUCGUCAAAGCUGGAGUUGCGACGGCACCAGAAAUACUCUUGCAACACCGGCAGCUCUAUUUUCGAUUCGUUAAGCGAAGACCUCAAACAGGAGCGGGACGACAACGACGAACCGGUGCACGAGUGUAAAGACUGUGAAAAGAUCUUUCCCAGCGAGUAUAGUCUUGGCCAGCAUAUGGUUGUACACACAGAUGAGCGGGAGUACAAGUGUGACCAGUGCCCUAAAGCUUUCAACUGGAAGUCCAACCUCAUUCGUCAUCAGAUGUCACACGACAGUGGCAAGCGCUUCGAGUGUGAAAACUGUGAUAAGGUAUUCACAGACCCCAGUAACCUGCAGCGCCACAUUCGCUCACAGCAUGUCGGUGCCCGUGCCCACACCUGCCCUGAGUGUGGCAAGACCUUCGCUACAUCCUCAGGUCUCAAGCAGCACAAGCACAUCCACAGUAGUGUGAAGCCAUUCAUGUGCAUGUGUGUUCUACCAGGUGAGGUGUGUCACAAGUCCUAUACCCAGUUUUCCAACCUGUGCCGCCACAAGCGAAUGCAUGCAGACUGCCGCACCCAGAUCAAGUGCAAGGACUGUGGGCAAAUGUUCAGCACUACCUCCUCCCUCAAUAAGCAUCGGCGCUUCUGCGAGGGAAAGAACCAUUAUAGUCAUGGAGGCAUAUUCACGCCAGGCAUCCCUAUGACCUCCAGUCCUAUCAUGGGCAAGUCCAAGCCGCAUCCUGGCCUGAAUCACAGUGGACUUGGCUUCGGUGAUUACUUCCCCUCUCGGCCGCAUCAUCCAGGCCUGCCCUUCUCUACUGCCCCUCCUGCAUUCCCGUCGCUUUCCCAUGGCUUCACAGGGAUCUUUCCCCCAUCACUGUAUCCUAGGCCCACAUUGUUACCCCCUAGCCCAUUACUAAAGAGUCCACUGAGUAACAGUCAAGAUGGGAAGCUUCCCCAUAGUCCCCUUGAUGCCCCUGCUCUCUCAAUGGUCACAUCUGUUAGCAACACCAAUGGCAAUGCAGGUAGUGGCCUUAGCCAGUCAGAGAUGAAUCGCGAGUCUAAGCAGGAACUGUCCAUGUCAGACAGCAAGAAUAAGGUAAAAAUGAGUGACAUGUCUGAUGGCAGCGAUUUAGAGGAUGUUAAUACCACCAGCGGCACUGAUCUAGACACCACCACUGGCACAGUUUCUGGCUCCGAUCUAGACAGCGAGGCGGAGAGCGAGCGAGAGAAGAGUCGAAGGAAACACAGACAGGAAGGCAAACAAGAGGAGGUCAACAGCAGUGUAGUGUCAGUGUCCAGCUCAGGUAACCUUCCUCAUGAUCGCCCUUUCCUCUCUUCCCAGCAUUCCUUCUUUCCUCCACCCGAUGAGCAGGCACUCCCACCUACUGCUGCCACAACCGACUCUAUCAAAGCCAUCGCUUCCAUUGCUGAAAAGUACUUUGGGCCAGGCUUUAUGGGCUUGCAGGAGAAGAAAAUGGGCUCCUUGUCUUACCCUUCCAUGUUCCCCUUUCAGUUCUUACCCAACUUUCCACAUUCCUUGUACCCUUUCACAGACAGAGGACUCAACCCUAACAUGUUCCUAAAACCAGAACCCAAAUCACCUCGUGAGCACAUACAGAAAAUGGCUACCACCACUGCUGCAGAGUCACCCUUUGACCUCACCACCAAGCCCAAGGAAGUGAAACCUUUCCUUCCACCCUCCGUCAAGCCCUCUAGUGCACUUCUUCCCAGUGGUGAGGAUCAGCCUCUUGAUCUGAGCAUUGGAGGCCGGAGCAGAGCCAGUCAGAACGGUGGAACACACGAGCAGCGUAAGAAUCAUGUCCAUAGCACCAACUGCAAGACGCCAACUAAAGAUGAGCAUCCAGUGCUGAACCAAUCUCAGAACCUCCACCAGCCCCAGAUGCCUCAGCAGCAAGUGUCCCUUCCGCAGCCUCCUCUUCAGCAGCAGCCCUCGCUCCACUACGCCAAGCCUUCGCCCUUCUUCAUGGAUCCCAUCUACAGCAGGGUGGAGAAAAGGAAGCUGAUAGAUCCUGUAGGAGCACUGAAGGAGAAGUACCUGAGACCAUCUCCGCUGCUCUUCCACCCUCAGGUGUCUGCGAUGGAGAACAUGACCGAGAAGCUGGAGAACUUUGGCACUUUGAAACUGGACGCUCCCAAUUCGCUACAGCACUCCUCACAUCACCUCUUCAACUUCCGCUCCCCUCCUCCUUCUCUGUCUGACGCUAUCCUCCGCAAAGGCAAAGAACGCUAUGCCUGCAGGUACUGUGGGAAAAUCUUUCCCAGGUCGGCUAAUCUUACCAGGCACUUACGAACACACACAGGAGAGCAACCCUACAGAUGUAAAUACUGUGACCGUUCCUUCAGCAUCUCGUCCAACCUCCAGCGACACGUUCGCAACAUUCACAAUAAAGAGAAGCCGUUCAAGUGCCACCUGUGUAACCGCUGCUUCGGUCAGCAGACCAACCUGGACCGCCACUUAAAGAAACACGAGCAUGAGAAUAUCCCAGUGAGCCAGCACUCUGGGAUUCUCUCAAAUUUGGGAACAAAUAUCUCCUCUCCAAACUCCGAACCUGACAAUCACGCACUUUUAGACGAAAAAGAGGACUCGUAUUUCUCAGAGAUUAGAAACUUCAUCUCCAAUAGCGAGCUGAACCAGGCCUGCAGCUCCUCAGAGAAAAGGUCGGAAAUGACGGAGGACGAGCGUCCUGAGAGCCACGCCGUCACGGACUCCAAGCUGGAGGAGGAGGAAGAGGAGGCAGAGGGAGACGACGAAGAUGAGGAAGGCUCGCUAACAGAAAAGUCCCAGGAUGAGAUGACUUCUCCCGCCACCAUGGUUCAAGGCACUUACGACGAUGACGAGGAAGCCGCUCCGCUCUCCAUGACCUACGAACACCCACGCAGGUGUAUUGAGGAGGAUGCAGGCCUGUUAGAUCUGGAGCCUCUGCCUGGCUUUCCAAAGGGCCUGGAGCUCCAUAAGCCUGCUGACGAGCCAUUUGACGUUAAAGACAUAUUUAACACCUCCUUAGAGUCUGAGGCGCUGAAAGAAACACUCUUGAGGCAGGCUAAAACCCAGGCUUAUGCAAUGAUGCUCUCUCUGUCGGAGAACAACCCCCUGCAUCCAACCUCCCAGAACUCACUAGACGCCUGGCUGAACAUGGGAGGAGGCCCUUCAGAAACCAGCUCCUUUCACCCACUCAACCACAUCUAAGCCCAGAGAGCAAGGAGAUGAGGAGUGGUCGGAGGGAGAGGAGGAGGAGGAGGAGGAGAGAGAGAGAGAGAGAGAGAGAGAGAGAGAGAGAGAGAGAGAGAGAGAGAGAGUGGGCAGUAGGAAUGGGUAAAGACCACCAUGAAGGAGAUGCAUGUGUUACAAUAGCACAUGAAGACCAGUGAUGCUUACAGUAGAUGAAUCACCACUUCGACUGGGAAAAGCGGGAGGAGCUUAACUGAAAGACUGUUAGCUGAAACAGAGACUUGAACCAGUAGAGCUGUAGAUAUCUCCUUCCCACAACAGAGAGACAAAAGACUGACCACUCCACUCUGUACAAUCUGUUUUAAAGCUCAAUCUGCAGUUUUUUCCUCGGAAACUCGGUCUUGGAAAAAAAACAAAAAACAACAAGCCAUGUAUCCCCGUGACAUCCCAAAUCUGUCUCAUUCAUCAUUUCUCAUUAGGACAGCCAUGCUUAUUAAAGUGACGAUAGACGAAAGAAAAAGGAAACAGCAGGUAUUUUUGUCACGUAUGCUGAUCCGAUCCGAUCGAGUCCCCAAACUAUAUUCCAUGAAGCGGCACGCUCGAACCACAAGAGCGCAUAUCAGCGUACCAAGACAGGGUCUGAACAGAUAGCGGAACAGCUUUAUGUGUCUUCUAGAUGUCUCCAUAAACUGCACUGUAGAACUAAUUCACGAAACGGAUCAGAAUUAACACGAUAUAUAUUUUUUCAAACGGAUGAGCCACAGAAAUAAACAGAAUCCCGUCCACUGCUAAUCACGUCCCUCCUCUUUGAUUGUGUUGAUCAUCAUCAGAGUGGUAGAACAGAAGCAUGGCUGCUCAACUCAACAUAUCACCUUAACCUUGUUACUGUCAUGAUUGCCAUUUUAUUUUUUGAAGCGUUAAAUUAUUCUCCUCCCAACGUUCUCAUGCAUUCGAAACACUCUUUUUUUUUUGUAUGUGAUUUGUUCUUCGAUCAACAGUAUUGUUUUCUCUCGAGUACGUCUGUGCUUAAAUUGUUAAUAUAAUUAUUUAGUGAAGGACCAAAUUUGUAUGAUAAUGUUGUAAGAUGUACAAAAUUAUUUCGAAAUUCAUAGCAAAGCGUGUUGUGUGCCAAAUAACCCUUUUUUUUUUUCUUGGACAAUCAUUUAUUUUUAUUUCCCAGUGGUUAUUUUUAUGCUGUUUUAGUAGGGGUUUGUUUUUUGCUCUCGUAUCGCCUGCUCAGUCUAUGUAUUUGAUUUGAGGUGCAUUUGAUUUCUAUUUAUUUUAGUUGUUUCAUCAUUAUAGGAAAAAAAAUAUAUUCUAGACAAAAAAAAAGAAAAGAAAAGAAAAGAAAAGAAAAGAAAAGAAAAACUGACCCAGUUUCACCCUGUAGUUAAAUCUAUGACUGAGACUUUUAAUCUCAUGAUGCUCUGAAGGAUAUUGUAUAGAGACCGGUAUGCCAAAAUGUAAAUGACAAAAUCAACUAUUUUAUUUAUAACUUUGGCAUCGGCACCAGUCUGUUCGUGUUCAUUGUGAGGUUUGUUUUUUAUUUUUCACUCGCUCGACCAUUUCAAACUGUAAAUACAGGGUGUGAUGUUGAACAAAUGGUUGGAAUUUUUUUUUUUUUUUUUUUUUUUAAAUGAAUCUUUUGAUUAAAGCAUCAGGUCACUUGAAUGGUGGGGCAUUAUAUUUGUAUUGCUAUAGUCAGUUUUGCUUUCGGUUUUAGUCUGCCCGUUUUUAAAUACAGCGAAAGAAUGGCCGUGUCAGUCUCUCGAACAGCUUCCAGUCCUGUGUGUUGAGUAGGAAACAGCAUGCCACUGUAUCCAAAACGAAUCCAAAUCAUCCCACAAACCAUCAGCACAAAGCUAGAAGCGUGGACCUUGAAUGCAACUGUGUUGUGUUCUCUCUCUCUCUCUCUGUCUCUCUCUCAUUUUUUUUUUUAUUCAAUCUUAUUUCUUACAAACAUAAGCAGCUGCUGUUAAUCGAAGGGGCUGGAAUGGGAUUAAAUCAACAGGAUCAAACGGUGAGCUGGGAAAUUUCUAUUUCUAACGCUGAUAUGCGAGUGUAGUUCGGGCUCGAGCAGGAAGCACAGCCCUUAAAAACACGCAUGUUACCCCAAGUGCCAGGACUCAGGAGUCCUCGUGCAACUCUACUGAACUGUGAAUCCAGCGCAUGAAUCGUACAAAAUAAAGACAACAACUAAACACAAGCUCAUGAUGAAUGUGUAGAAUAGAUUCAAUGUGUUGCUAAUGUGUCAAACCUCUAGCGUUACUUUUCUUCUUCGGAUGGCAAUUAAAGAAAAAAAAUUAAUAAUAAAAAUAAAAUAAAAAAGUCGGAUCUGUCGUUAUUACUUCUCCCAUCGCAGCCUUUUCUUUUACUCUCUUUGUAUAAUGUGUGCAAUUAGCACUUAAAUACACAGCACUCCUGAUCUCUCAGACCUCAUCUGUCCCCUAAGUACUGCUUCUGAUCCCCCUCCCUCUCCCCAGUUCUCCAAAUAAAGCCACUUGGUUUUAAUCAAGCACUUCAGCCACAAUUUAUACAUGAACAUUGUGUCACAGAUUAGGCUAAACAUUAUGAACCACACAUUGUGUACCACCCUCAAUAGAAAGAAUUCGCUUCUGUACUAUUACAGGGCACUGUUAUAGAUAUCUGCCACUAGAUGGCGUCUCUGUGUCAUUUGAGUUUUUGACAUGGUAGCUAGCUGUCCACUUAAAACUGGCCUAGCUGGAGAUAUUUAAUCAUACUGCAUAUGUCGAAGGUUCAUGAUGUCACAUACUACUGUAAUAAGCAAGCGCUGUAGGUGGUGGAGUAAAUCGAUCCAACGAACGAAACGAAUGGUCACAAACUGGUCUCGAUAUGGAAGUUGUUGUGUGUCGUCCCCCCCCCCACACACACACACACACACUGUUACAACACAAAACAAACGUAAAACCAUAAUUCGUUAUGGUUCCUCGAAAAACUGUAUAGUGUUCAAAAAAAAAAAAAAAAAAAAAAAAAAGAAACCGUCGCAUUCGUCUGCGAAUUCGUUUUAAAACAUGGGUUUGAAAAUAGAUGGUGCUUGUUUGAUUUGGAUAUGAGUUGUAUAUCGCUUCUGUUCUGUUUAUUGAAAGAAACUGUUGUGCAUGACUUGUGUUUUAGCGGUCAUAAUGGUGUCCAUUUGUGAAAUGUGUAUCUUAAAUUAAAAAGGCGAAAGAAAAGAAAAAAAAAAAGGUCAUAAAAAAUACUGAAUUUGUAGAUGCACUUAUUGUACAUGUGGUUAGGUUAGUAGGUUUGACUUUAAGUCCUGUUAACUGCCUUACCUGCAACAGGCAGAUGGUUAUUCAUUUAAACAUUAUGCUUGUGGGAGAGAAAUAAUGAGAAGAAGAAGAAAAAAAAAUGGAUUGUAGAAUAAUAAUGAAAAUUCUGAUAAUUGCAGUUCAUUUUUGGAUGCUUGUGAUUAUUGAAGAUGUACUUUAGAGAAAUUUCAUGGAAAAAGACAUGAUUCUGAUGUUAAUUCUGUAGAAUAGAUAUGUAUACCAAAUGUAAUCUUUCCAAUGCUAUGAAGAAUUUAUACAUGAAAUUGAUAUGCAAUAAAAACCUGUGUGCUUUUUAUAUGAA